CUAGUCUCUCCUGUCCCGUCAUCAACAAAACUAGUCCUCUGCCUUUGCCUUCAGCUACUAACUUCCUUUGGCCCCGUAUCUGGUGGUGGCUUUCCUUUAACUCCGUUUUUCGCUUCCAACUCUAUACCUUAUUCCCUAUUCUGGGCGGCUUAUUCCGUCAGCAGCCUGACACGCUCCCACUUCCUUGGUCCUGACUCGGCACUAAUAACCAAUUCCUCCUCUUCUUCACCAUCCCGUCGCCCACCCAUCAAUCCACAUCCAUCCACUCACUCACCCACCCACCACGCCCAGCUCUCAGCACCACCCGCCACAUCCGCGAUCGAUAGGUGUCGAGUCCACCUGCAUUCAAUCGCCAGCUAGGAAUUAAGUAAAUCGGAGGACGAACAACAAUUGAUUGGGCUCAAUCGUACCACGGGUCGGUUACUCGACAGGCCCAAAAAAGUAAUUUGCUUUGUCUCGGGUCGGGCGGAUAUUGUCGGACAAUUCGAUGGUUUCACAGCUUCUUCGUUGACUUCGGCGCAUUGAGCCUGCGGCCUCCAGUGGCACAACAGCCUUUGAGCAUCGCUCGCCGCCCCCAGCCCGCAAGCCCCGGCUCGGCCUCACCACCUCAGCCCGCAGCAUCGGAAGCCCCCUUGGGCCUAACCACCCGAAAUGGAUCACACAAGUCGCAAGGCAUCAGAUCCCGAGAGGAGAUCCUCGAUCAGGAACUCAACGAGGUCAUCAAUGCAGCAGGAGGCCGGAGGAGGAGGUGGAGUGAUAUUGGACAUCGACGACGACGAUUAUGCCCUCUUGGCUUUGGGUAUCUCGGAUGGGUUCCGGCCUCAGCCCGUGGACACCACCGGCCUUGACGAUCCACAAUCCUCCUCCCGAGCCCGGCCAGACCCGUCUGCCGCUCCCGCCGUCACACAAACUGCCCAAGAAUCGACGUCACAGCCCCGGUUGAACCGUUCCAGCAUAUCAAAACCCCACUCGGGUCGCGAUUCCUUCACCCUAAGACAUGACGGUGCCAUGGGCCAUGUCGCUGGCCCAUCCCACUCGCGCUUGUCCAGCGCUUCCACUGAAGCGCCCUACGUCCCCGAGGAGACGCCAUACAACGGACCCUCCGCACCCUCACAUCCUUACCAAAUGUAUUCGCAAAACCCCCGGCUGGCAAGGACUUUGAGUGUCACAACCACUUCAUCUACGCCCACCACACGCCCGGAAUCCGAAUACGAUGGCCCCAGCGGGCCCACCCACCCCUACUCUAUGUAUCCCCAGAACCCCUUCGUCGACACCAACAGCCAGGUCUCCGUGCCCGCCGUGCCCGCCGUUCCCGCCAUUCCUGUCGGAUUCACUGGUGCCUCGGAUCCUUAUCAGCGCCGCAUCGGGCCAGAGGGUGAGGAAGCAGGUGAUAUCAUUGGCCCCGAUGGACAUACGGAGGAGCUACCGCCGUACACGAGAUAUCCAGAUGAGUAUUACAAUCGGAAAAUACGAGACACCGAAGAACAGCAGAACGGGGGCCCUUCGACAGCCGCAGCCGCAGCCGCAACCGUGGUCCCGUCUGGCCACACGAGGGCGGGUUCAAGCGUCGGGACAGUACCCGGUGCCGGUGGGCUAGGCCUGGCUGCUCGAAACCCCGAAUUUGACUCAGUCGAAGACGUCGGCUCUCCACAUUCACGGCAGUCCGCCAGGAGCUUCACUACCGAGAGUCACCACGAGAUCAACACGGCAGCGGCAGCGGAGGUGUCCGAGAAACCGAAACUGAACAAAUUCCAGAGAUUUGCGAAGAGGAAAGCUUGCGGUGUGGUACCUUACUGGGCGAUUUGUAUGACAGUCACCGCUGUCAUAAUAGUCAUUGUCAUCAUUGGGGCUGUCGUUGGGACUUUGCUGUCCAAACACAAGAAGCCACCUCGAAAAGGCAAUCCCUCACAAUUUCAAGGUGGCGUUCCGACCGUGACAUUAACCUACGAUGCCAGUGCGAUCCCCACGCCUACCGACCUGCCUCCACUUCCGACGGGUGUGUUUGGCCUCCCUCUAAGCCUCAACAAGUCGCCCAACACUUGUUUCGAGAACACGGCUCAGAGCUCAGCGUGGACUUGCAACCUCGUUUUUGGGCAGGCAGUCCAUGUCCAGAUGACCAUUAGCCAGAAUGCCCCCCAGCUUGGCCAAGAGGGCAGCUAUGACAUAUUCCUCGACACAAACACAACCUUCCCGGGUGGCGACCGCAAAGACUUUCUGGCCUACGGGGCUCAGCCCCCUACCAUUCAGCCUGCCAUGAGCAUGCAGCUCGUCAACGACACCUUCGACAGGGACCGCGGCCCAGCAUGGUUCAGGAUGCUGCCAUACAACAAGACCGUCGUUGUUCCCGAAGAUCUGUUAUCUGCCGACAGUAGUUCAAACGUCCGGCGGAAUGGAGGCGAUUUUAUGCCAAGGCCGGGCGAUUUUCAGCGCAAGGACAUAGUGCCAAUGGGCAGCAAGCCUUGGAUCUGCAAUUGGCCUGAAACCUAUGUCGAGGUGUUCAUAUAUGCGGAACAGAACAGCAGCUGGGCUUCACAGACCAAGGCGAUGACCGGUACGAUCACGCCACCACCGGGAGCAACCCCUACAGUAGUCCCGACCGCAACUGGCACCGGCGCCCCAGCAACCGUCACAAGCCAGGUGGCUGAUUUCAUGCCAUUCGCUCCCUACCCGAGAGCUGUCAAGGUGAAAGAGAGGCGGCUUAAUUGGGCACCUUCGCCAUACUGUGUUCAGGUAACCGUGAUGCCGGAUAAUACGACUCAGCCCGUUACAGAUGACGCUGGGGAACCGGUCAUUGUAUACAUUGCCGAAGACGAACCGGGCCCGGAGAUGCCUGAAGAAGCGGUGCAGAAGGGGAGACACGGCGGCUACAGAGAAAAGCGGGAGCGCGACGCCUUGCACGACUUCUUGAACCCUCGUGACAGCGACGAGGACUAUGGUGACAUGAGCGCGUGCGGAUGCAUGUGGUUCUCGUCAUGACCGAAACCUAACAUUUGUUAAUACAAAGGCGGCGACGGGAGGGUGAUGUUGUCGCGGACUUGCAUAGCUCGCGCUACAACGCGCCAAGACGGGGAAGAAUAGGCCGUCCGGAUGGCGUUGACGGGCUCUUUUCAACUUUUGGAUCGGAAACUUCUUUGAUCGAGAGUGGUCUCUCGAGAAUUGCGCGGCGACCGGCGCGGCGCUCUGGCUGGCUCGUUUUCCUACUUUUUCUUUGUUACAACUGUAUGACAUUUCAUCAGUGCGACAUAUCCCCAUGUGCGAAUUUUAUUGGAUCGGGUGGAGUUCAUGGCAUAUGCGGCGACAUUUGGGUUUCAAAAAAGCUUCGGCCUUUCGUAUGCGUGGACCUUUUAGGGGUUGAUCUUCCUGCCCAUCUACUGUAUAUCCUGGGACAGCGGGGAGACACAUUGGCGAUAGAGACGCUGUAGGAACAAGGGUGUAGGGCAUCACUGGGGGGGGGGACUGGAUAUUUCAGUAAGCUAAUGAAUGAUUCAUCAUCAUCAUCAUGGCCGAAGCGGAUGGGAUUGCUGGGCGGGAGGAGUCCGAAUUGAAGGAUCUCUGAAUUUAUGCUGUCUAUACUAUAUAGCUGGAACGGACCAUGGGAUGAGCGCCUUUGAGCCGAUGAAUCAAGAGAAAUCUGAUAAUGUCUUGACUGAACUAUGCCUGAGAGUGUCACGUAAAAUCAGAACGCGUAUAUCGAAUUUAUUGUUUUAACAGGA